CACUGGUGUGUUCUUGCCUUGCAGGAGCCUGUGUGAAAUGCAGCAAAGGGGUCUUUGGGGCUGGCCAGGCCUGCCAGGCCAUGGGGAACCUGUACCAUGACGCAUGCUUCACCUGUGCCGCCUGCAGCCGGAAGCUGAGAGGAAAAGCCUUCUAUUUUGUCAGUGGCAAAGUGUUUUGUGAGGAAGACUUCCUGUACUCUGGCUUCCAGCAGUCUGCGGACAGGUGUUUUCUCUGUGGCCAUUUGAUCAUGGACAUGGUGAGUAGUCAGCUGAACAAGAGUAGACCAUCUUGGGAGGAGGAGGCAUGCAGGGAAGAAAGAAAUGAACAACUGAGCUCAGUGUUUCCUCUCUGGAUUUGUGGGGGCAGUUGAUUUUAUUCGAAGUCCCUGUGCUGUGCAGCUGGUUUCUGUAACAGGACCAUGCUGUUGGCUUUUAUUGGUAUUUGCAUCUGUAACCAUUCAGACUGCACAAUGUGGUAAGUUUGCACAUGCUGUCUCCUCCACUCUGCUGGGCCCUUUGGCUCACACUGGCCUCCCUCUGACUUCUCUGUGUGCCUGGUGGUGAUCCAACAGAGCGGCCAAACGCUGCCUGCUUUAAUGUGGAAAUCUCAGCUACCCUGGAGGCAGAUGCGAAGCCAGAUGGGUAUAGUCAUUUCUCCACUGUGUUCUGCCCAGCUUGAGCCAUACCUAACAUGGGGUUGGAGGACUGUCCUUUGGUUCUCAGGCAGCAGAACCAGGCCUAAGUUGUUUACCUCUCAUUCCUUGCUCAGCCUCUGGCUCUCUGAGGUUGUCCUGCCUCUUAGUGUUUUGUCUCUUCAGUGAGGACAGUGUUUCCUUAUAGAGUUGGGUCGUGAGGUGAAUGAAUGCAGGGAUUGAACUGUUCACCAUUGGAAACCAGUCUUCAAAAAUUUUAAGAACCAGGCAUGUAUUGAGCAUGGUGGUGCAUGCCUAUAAUCUCAGCAUUCAGGAGGCUGAGGUAGAAGGAUUGAGAGUUCAGUCAGCCUGGGCUACAUAGUGAGUUCAAGGCCAGCAUGUAACAUGCUGGUCAUGGGAAAUGGUUUGUAACAUACUUUUAUUUAUUUAAUUAUUUAUUUAUUUACAGU